GAAACGGCAUGGGUAUUAACACGAAACCAACAAGGAAUCAAUGAGGGUGAACUAGAUAGAAUUUAUCAUAUGUUACGACGUUACAACAUUGAUCCUAACCACUUCAAUACAGUAGACCAGAGUUCUUGCCCAAAUUAAUACUACACCAUUAUAUCAUCACUUUUUUGUCUUCUUUUUAUUGGUGCCUCAUAUCACAAUUAUCCAAAUACAGCAGCCAUAAAGAAAGUUCUUUUCUUAUAAAAAUUAAUCUUCGUUAGUACUCUACUGAACAAUUUAAAUGUUUUAUACCAUUUUUCUCGAUUUUUUCAUGAGACUGGUAAAAAAGAAAUUUGAUUUUAUAUCAUCUGUUUAUAUUUCAAAAAGAUUAGAAAAUAAAAUGUUGUGUAAGAUAUCCGUUAAAAUCACAAUCAAUAUAGCAAAAUGUUGAUAUGCUGUGGUACCCUUUAUUUAAUGGUAUGCGAAUCAGAAGUCACCUUGUCAUUCUGAUAAAAUAACGGAUACUGUGCUGUAUCAAAUGAAGAUGUUGUUACAGAUCAACUUCAAUACCGAAUUUGACUAAUUGCCUAUUGGUAUAUCCUUUAUCACAUUUACAGUCUAUAGCAUGGACGUAUAUAUUUCCAUGUCAGUCCCUCUAACUAGCAUCAAUGAUAGGGAAAACCCUUUUAUUUACUGCAGGCUAAUCUAAUUUCAACAAAGGCUACGUAAUAACACUGCAUAAUAUAUGACUGCAUUGCUUUCCAUGCUGAUAAGAGUCAUUUCAGCUUCCAGUACCAAUUUUUCAAAAUGGAAAUCUGAUGUCUGUUUUGUCAUAGAAAAUCAAAAUAGCCGUUAGUGAUGACAGUCUAAAUAGAACUUUGCACAAUGUUUAUUGUGAUUGUGUUAUCAUAACCUCAGACUAUUGUCACUUCUGUCCUGAAGUUUUCCUAAAAUUACAGAAAAAUGUCUGACUCAAAAUAGUAAAACUACCUGUCAGCAUUUUAAACUAAUAUAGCCUGACAUGAAACUAGUUUAGCAGAUCCUCUCAAAGUCUUUAAAAACCUAACACCAGUAGACUCCAACAAUACAUGGAGUUAAUAUUAUUUUUUGAACACAGUUUUAAGAAAAGUAUAAGCAACAUUCACAAUUACAUAGAGGAAAGGAAAAGAAACUUAAAAGACCCUGACUAGAUAAAACACAUAAUAUUACUGUAUAAUUUUC